UCUGUUCGAGAAUUGGGCUUUACUUCGUAGCUGACACGCAGGGUAACUUUGGGUUUGAGGACUUGAGAUUAUUGCGCAGCUUGGUUCUGGAAGGCGUGGCAUAUGACGUUCGAGCUGCUCUUGGAUAUUUGCAAGUAUUUAACGGGGUCUUUGCUCGUCAAGUUGGAAGCUCUAGGUGUAGUGACAAGGCAGGACGCCUUAGAGGAAGAGAUCAAUGAGCAGUGGCAGCAGGUUAUAGGGAUGGCUACUGAUGUAGUCGUUGUGUUGGAUGAAGCGCAGGCGCUCUUCGAGUUGCACAAAGAUCAGUUUAAGCCUUUCGGCAGAGGGACUGGGAUGAGGAGUUCGUUCCAUCAAGUGUAUGAGGCACUUAGUCGUCCUUCCAGAGGUGUGACUGCCAAGCUGCUGGUCUCGGCUACUUGUUUGGUCAUACAUAAGGAAACCGAGGUUUUCUCGCCGGCAAUUGCCAAACCGCUGCUACUUGGUCCUGCUUUCUAUUCCUUCGGCAAGUUUCGAGACACGGGCGACAUGUACAAGUACAUGAAGAAUUUUGUCGCUGUCGACGACACUGUUGAUGAAGAGUUGCUCCAGAGGUUCGUAGGGAGAUACAGACCACUGGCUCGGGUUCUUGAGGAUUUUCUGGAAAAGCAACGCUCUCUCAAUGAGUCGCUUAAGAGUGUCCGAUCGAUGCUCACGAAGGAGGACUCGGAAGGAUCUUACGUCACGGUUUUGAAGCGCAUCCAGGUCCAGCCGCGGAUUCACAACGUGGAGCUGAUCCAAUUGUGCCGGAUGAUAUGUCUGACAAGCCAAUAUGUUGGAAAGUACUACUGCAUCAGGAAAGAGGAAGUCGAGCUGAUUCACCAUGGGCUAGCUUAUUUGGAUGCUGUUGAUGUGAAUAAGGGAGAGUUCGGGCUGGAAGGAACGAUCGAGGAACCACUCGUGUUGGAAGCGCUUGAGUACUAUUUCCGUGAGGACAACGCCCUUCACAUAAUGAAUCGUCUCAAUUCACAAUCGGCGGGAUUCAACCUCGAGAUAGCUGCAGCAGAUGCUCUUUGCAGUUUUCUUUCGGCUGGCAAGUUCAGUAAUCAUCCUAUCUUUGAGGGCGCAACUGCUUUACCAGACAUCUUCUGCCAGCAGCUGAGGUUGUGGUCAGCAGACAACCUUCGACUGGUGUGUAGUACCAAGGGAAUGACGAGCUAUCUCGCUGGUGGGAUGGGAACAGCAAAGGUUCUCAACCCGGAAUUCCUAGCAGGUCCAGAUCUGGUGAUCCCAGUGAAGACGGAAGACAACAAGGAGCUGAUCCUCUUUGCACAGUUCAGGCUCCUGAACUUUCUUGACAAGAAGAAGUUCGAGCAGGGCGUGUCGACGACGAAUCCCGAGUUCAUAUUCAGGUCUCGCAAGGCAGCGAAACUGAGGGCAGAGUUCAAGAAGGAGGUUGGUAACCGCUGGUGGAAGAAUGGCAUUAUCAGGUUGAUGGUAGUGUAUCCAGCAAUCUUCAAGGAGCGUAUGCCUCCUGCUGUUGAGGUGAUUCCUGCUGCAGGGGGUGUUGGUCCCCAGCUCAAGAUCAUCAUUCAUGCUGGCAACGCAAAACAAUUGUUUUCUCAGGAUUUGGUAAACUUUCUAGACGUGUACAAGGGAUUCAAAGUUGGAGAGCCCGAGUCCUUGGCAUGUGCAGUUGAUACAGCGCUGGCAUUGGACUUGCAUCGCUCGUUCAAGGACAGGCCUAGGAGGAAAAGAGAUUUCGAUGUAGCCUUUACUGAACCGGAAGACUAUUGGGGUGAUGAGGAAGGAAUGGAGUUGGAUGUAUAAACUGGCAACUGUAAACAGGUAAUCUGACGGAACUAACGAGCAACGUGAUUUUUUCUUAAGCCUCGGAAGGCAUCGCCACGGAGUGGUACCACAAAGUUGUUAAACUUUUUUGUAACCAACUGAAAGAUUUUCCAAAUCUUUUUCUGUUGUAUCAAUUUCUAAUGUAUUCUAU